CAUGACCAGUGUGUCCCGCCCACACGGCUAUCAGAGCAGUGGGAGCCGCCGUUGGAGAGAGACGAGCCAGCCAGUAGCAUCUCUGCCCGCAGCUAGCUAGCUACUAGCUCCACAGAGCUAGCUACUAGCUCCACAGCAAGGCCACUGCGGGAACAUGGCCACGACGGACAAAAUCAAACAUGAAGGAAGAGUUAAAAUCGGUCAUUAUAUCCUCGGAGACACCCUCGGAGUGGGCACAUUCGGGAAGGUUAAAGUUGGCCAGCAUGAGCUGACGAAGCAUCAAGUUGCCGUAAAGAUCUUGAACAGACAGAAGAUCCGGAGUCUGGACGUUGUGGGCAAGAUCCGCCGGGAGAUCCAGAACCUCAAGCUCUUCAGGCACCCUCACAUAAUCAAACUGUAUCAAGUUAUCAGCACACCUACAGAUAUCUUCAUGGUGAUGGAGUAUGUAUCAGGAGGGGAGCUAUUUGACUACAUCUGCAAGAAUGGAAAGCUGGAGGAGAAGGAGAGCCGGCGGUUGUUUCAGCAGAUCAUCUCGGCGGUGGACUACUGCCACAGACACAUGGUGGUGCACAGAGACCUCAAGCCGGAGAACGUCCUCCUGGACGCCCAGAUGAACGCCAAGAUCGCAGACUUCGGUUUGUCAAACAUGAUGUCAGACGGAGAGUUCCUGAGAACCAGCUGUGGUUCUCCAAACUAUGCGGCCCCAGAGGUCAUCUCAGGGAGGCUGUACGCGGGCCCCGAAGUGGACAUCUGGAGCAGCGGGGUGAUCUUGUACGCCCUGCUGUGCGGGACGCUGCCCUUCGACGACGACCACGUGCCAACGCUCUUCAAGAAGAUCUGCGACGGGGUCUUCUUCACGCCCCAGUACCUGAACCCCGCGGUCAUCAGCCUCCUCAAACACAUGCUGCAGGUGGACCCCAUGAAGAGAGCCACCAUCAAGGAGAUCCGGGAGGACGAGUGGUUCAAGGAGGAGCUGCCCAAGUACCUGUUCCCCGAGGACCCAUCCUACAGCAACAACAUGAUCGACGACGACGCGCUGAAGGAGGUGUGUGAGAAGCUCAAGUGCACCGAGGAGGAGGUGCUGACCUGUCUGUACAGCCGCGACCACCAGGACCCCCUGGCCGUGGCCUACCACCUCAUCAUCGACAACCGCCGCAUCAUGAGCGAGGCCAAGGACUUCUACCUGGCCUCCAGCCCCCCGGACUCCUUCCUGGACGACCAGCACCUGACGUCCUCCGGGGCCCUGGCCUCCUCCUCCUACUACUCCUCCUCCUCCUCCUCCUCCUCCGCGGCCGCCGCCUCCCCCGGCGCCCCCAUCCUCAAGCCCCACCCCGAACGCGUGCCAUUCCUGCUGGCGGAGACGCCGCCGCGGCCCCGCCACACCCUGGACGAGCUGAACCCCCAGAAGUCCAAGCACCAGGGCGUGCGGCGGGCCAAGUGGCACCUGGGCAUCCGUAGCCAGAGCCGGCCCAACGACAUCAUGUCGGAGGUCUGCCGCGCCAUGAAGCAGCUGGACUACGAGUGGAAGGUGGUGAACCCCUACUACCUGAGAGUGAAGCGGAAGAACCCUGUCACGUCCAUGCAAACCAAGAUGAGCCUUCAGCUCUACCAGGUGGACAGUAGAACCUACCUCCUCGACUUCCGUAGCAUAGACGACGACAUGCUGGAGACUAAAUCCGGGACCACCACGCCCCACCGCUCAGGCUCCGUGGGAAACUGCCGCGUCGCCCUGAAGAGCGAGGGCGACGGGGCCGACGGGAAGGGGGAAGCCCCUCCCACAACCCCGGUCACCACCACCACCACCUCCACCGCCAGGCCCCCUGGGGACGGGUCGCUUGCGGCCUCAUCGCUGACCUCGUCGGUUGACUCCGUGGGGGGCGGUGAUGCCACGACGUAUCCGCGGCCCGGAAGCCACACCAUAGAGUUCUUUGAGAUGUGCGCCAACCUUAUCAAACUGCUUGCGCGAUAGCCACGCUAACUAUCGCUAGCCUUUUUUAUUUUUUCUUGCUCUUUCGUCUGUUUCUUCUUUUUCUUUCUCUCGUUCUUUCUUUCUCCGCUCUUUCUAGUUGUCUCGUUUCUCUCUCUCUUCCCCCCUCCCCCUCCUCUGAGUGUCUUUAAAGCAAUAAGCAUGCAACUGAGCCAUGGCUGGGUCCGUCCCCCCUGCUCUGGAUUAACUAGUUGUACCAUGGCACUGAUGCUGGUUCCCCGACACCCUGAACCCAUGGAAUGUUUAUCAAGCUGGGGUAGUAGGGGAAGGGUUGGGUGAGGAAGGGGGCACGCAGGAAGAAGAAGUGACAUGCGACUCAAUAGUCACGGCCUAGUCAACGUUUUAAGAGAUGUUUUGUUUUUUUUUACAUAUUCAUGAUCAAUUUUAUUGGCACACGACCUCUUGUCUGUUGAGCGCAUCGCCCCAGACCCUCCUGCGUCUAUAGGAAACUCCUGAGUGAUUACACUGAAUCUUUCCGUACUGCAGCCAAGGAGACUUUGGUUUCAGUGCGGAGAACAAAAGCAAGGUUUACCCUGCAGAGGUAGGGCGGUGGGGGGAGGGAGAGUACACAUUGAGGUGAGGGUAGUAGCCAUGGGAAAGGAAGCAGGAAGCACUUUUGCACAGUUCUGUCCCUCUUGCUGCUCCACUGCUUGCUCUCUUUUUAUACAUGGAGACCAGAGAUGCGGGUUGCAGAAGUUUCAGGGGCGCUGCUCAUCCUAGCACUAAAUUUGUCAUGCCAACCGGCUCAUUGGACUACAGAUGUGAAAUGACCCCCCUUGGGGACCUCUUGUGGAAGAGGGGCUGGAGGAGCAGAGGAGCGCGUCAUCAUGUUGGCUUGAUUUUGAUUUUACUUUUUCUUCCGUUUUUUUUGUUCGUUUCCAAAACUAUAUUUCCAUGGUUUUGUCCUUGUAAAGAUACCUGUAUGAAUAUGUAUGUCCCUUGCAUUUUUUUUAUAUAUAAAGAAUUGAAUAUAUUUAUCAGUGCUUUAAGUGGAGGAGUGGAGGAUAUAUAUAUAAAAAAAACAUUUAUUAACAGAAUUUCUUCUUGCAUUAAGGACUGUUGCUGGAUGGUUUCUAUUGGUUGGUUUUUUUUGGUUUUCUGAAACAAUAUUAAAGUCUGGUUUAUUGUCAAUCACCAUAGAUUUGAGACCCAUGGUGGUCGUUCCAUAUAAAUGUCCAUAUAUUGUUUUGUUGCUACACGAGUAAGUACUCCUUGCAAUGACCAAUUCUAGAAAAUCCUAUUUAAUUGACCAAAAAAAUAUUAUCCAAUUUUUUUGUUAUCAAUUUAAGGUGAGAGCAGAAUUACCGAAUGACUUGCCUUUUGCCUACAUUCAGUUUUACCGUGUUCUGCACAGGCUGACUCUGGGCACUUUGUACAUUCUGACAAUCUCUUCAACAACGCUAUUGGGCUCAGGGCUCAAUUUGAAAACCUGAAUUGUAGCAGUUACAUGCAGUGCAUGACCAACGUUUGAUGGCAGGUGAACACGUACAAUGUCGACGUAUAUCGUGUAUGCUUCGUAGACUUGCAUCUCGCAGCCCAUUAUGUUCCCAGAGUGGUGACUGUUGUUUUGAGUUUUCCUUUUCAUUUUGAAACCUUUAAAAAUCUCUGUAGAAAGGUUUGGCUUUGUGUGAUCACACCCACCUGAUUUUACUAGACUUUGGUCUAGCAAAGACCUACGCCUUUUUGUUUUUUUGUUUUCGGCUGCCUUAUGUUUAUCAUUACUGUUAAAUUUAAAUUUCAUCAGUAUAAAAGAGACCAUUGGCAUUAGAAAUAUUGGCAUCCCAUGAAAUGUUCACGAAUCGAUUACUCUUAAAAGUCAACAUUACAUAGCAGCAAUUUUAAACACAAAAUCUCUAUGCAAUCGUCAUUCUAAAAAAGUGCUGCAAGUGCAAAGUAUUCUCCACCUUGGGAAUGUGAUAUAAUCGUGCUAGGAAUAGGAAUCCAAAUGAUCUAAUAACCAAGAGCUUCUCAACUACAGCCUUCGGUGAUUUAAGGUCUAUGGAUAAAGCUGAAUGAUGUUCGAUUGCUUGGAAUUUAGCCGGGGUGUGUGAACAGUUGACUUGAAAAACAAAGAAAUAUUUAAUAUGGUUGGUUUCUAGCAUAUCAAAAACAGUUAAUUCAAAGGCUUUGAUCAAUUGACAAAAUCACAUUUUAAUCAAAGUAGCCUUUUUUUUACAAAUGGGCUGAUAUCCAAAUGUUUUGGGGGGGACUUGACUGAAUGUAAAGGUGACUGCAGAAAGUGAAUAGUGAACCCAUGAUGAUUCUAACACUAUUGAACUUAUUCAGUGUCAAUCCCUAAGCUGUAUUUUGUACUUUCACAUCGGACCUAACUGCACUCGAUCACUUAACCAGUGAAACGGUCCUCAACUAUAAACUAUACCAUGGCCAAUGAAUGUUUCCACAGCAUGGAAGGUAGAAAGACGAAUGACAACGUUGCACACAGGUGGAGCUGUGUAGUCGGUUGAAGCUCCCUCAGUAUAAAGUGAUCAUUUUGGUUUAUAUAAAUACGGAUUGUUACAUGCCAAGCCAAAUUAUUAGGAUGUAACUAAUGAAAAAGUAAGACAGGGGUGCCAAUUAUUCUCAAUGUGUCUGUUUCCGUCUUAGUACAGGUUUGGAUGGAAAUCUGAACAGUUGACGAGAGUAAUUUGGUCACUGUUUAAACAUUAUUCAAACUGUAAUUAUUACACCAAAUGGUCUUCAGAAUACUUGUGUUACUCACCCAUGUUUAGUUUUGAGAGGCAGUUGCAAGAAAAUAUUUGAUUUUGUGCCUGAAGUUUAAUCAUAGUUUGAUGAGCAAACAUGACAGUGUGUAACUACGUUUGUUGGAUGGAUCAUGUAAAGAGUGGUUAGUCCCUAUACUGGACUUUAUUCAGGAGGUUCCAUUUGUCUGAACUUCUUUAAUCAAAUCUUGUUCAUUGUUUUGUUAUUUGUUUGGCUGCGUAUAGGGACCCUGCCAGAAUGACCAAUGUAAAUCUCAAUGGACGGUGUUGAAAUCAUUUGCAUACACAACUGCCUAAUAAACAGCUAAAUUGCACACAUUUCCAUUCA